CCGACACCUAGGCAGUGACUUUGCAUAGAGGGGUUGUUCAUGGGCAGGUCUCUGUGAAGCAGCAGCCUACCUGUUGGAGCUCAUUGCGGCAGAGUUGCCACCCGGACCCCAUGCUCGUUCGCUGAUCGUGGACUUGCAAGAGCUGAGUGCACCUAACAAGGGAGAAAACAACGGAAACAUGCCUCAAAGACUUUUACUCUGCGCUGUUUUGGCCGUGUGCCACUAUACGCAAACUUGCACUGGAUUUAAUAUAGAUGAACGGUUUCCUGUGAUCAAAGAGGGGAAAACCAGUGGGAGCUUGUUUGGGUUCUCUGUAGCUUUGCAUGAGAAGACGGUGGGCUCCAGACAGUAUCUGCUUCUUAUAGGUGCGCCCAAAGAAAAAGCACAAUCUCUACCGAAAGUCAAUGAAACAGGCGCCGUCUACUUCUGUCCCAUUACCACCGACACCACUGACUGCUCCAGAAUGGACCUGGUUACCUCGACAACUACCUCUGAGAUGGUGGAGGGCAUGUGGUUGGGUGUGACAGUGGCCAGUCAGAGGGGCCACCCAGAUGGACACGUGUUGGCAUGCGGACAUCGAUAUGUGAAGGUUAUGUCGGCGAAUCAGUGGCGGAUGUUAGGAAAAUGUUAUGUAAGGAGUAACGACCUGACCUUUGACCAAGAGGAUGAGUGGCAGAGAGAAAAUUAUGAUGUCUGCAAUCCCAACAACGACCACACCUUGGACGGCAUGUGCAACAUGGGCAUCUCAGGCACUAUAUCGGAAACUGAUGUCUAUUUAGGCUCUCCAGGCAGCUACAAUUGGCAAGGAGAUGCUCAUGUGAUACGGAUAGAUGCACAACAGCCCUGGAACAAUGCUGAAAAAAGCUUUGAAAGUCUAGAUAAAGCAUAUAGUUAUAUAGGUUAUUCAGUUCUCGAAGAAAAGAAGCUGCUGAGCUAUGAUGACUCGACAGUGGUGACAGGGGCUCCCAGAUAUGAGUCCAAGGGUGCUGUGAUUUUUGGAAAUAAAACUCAAGCAAAGCUUUUGUUGGAGCAGAUCAUCCAUGGGGAACAAGUGGGUUCCUACUUUGGAAACAGCCUGGCAGUGACAGAUCUGAACAAUGACAGUUGGAAUGACCUGAUUGUGGGUGCCCCCUUUUACUUUGACCGUAAGAAUGAAGUGGGGGGAGCAGUGUACAUUUUCAUGAACGAGAAUGGAUUUUUCCAGAAGACCGCCUCAAUGGUUUUGAAAGGCCCAUCUGAUUCUGCCUUCGGCCUUGCGUUGGCCGCCAUUGGCGACAUCAACCAAGACGGAUUCCAAGACUUUGCUGUUGGAGCGCCAUUCCACCAGACAGGAAUGGUCUGCAUAUGGAUGGGAAGCAAAAAGGGAAUAUCAAAGGAGCCUAGUCAGACCAUUAUGGGUAAGACGUUUGGUGAAAAAUUCCAGACCUUCGGCUACUCCAUCAGCGGAGGGAUGGACGUGGAUGAUAACAGUUACCCUGAUAUCUUAGUUGGCUCUCUGGAUGAUCGCAUUGCCCUCCUCAGAGCUCGACCGGUUGUGCACUUAACCAAAAACUUCACUGUCGAGCCUAAGAUUGUGGACGAUAAAAUGUGCUCUGGAGAUAAACCAUGCAUUACAGCUACUCUGUGCAUGUCUUUCACUCUAAGCACCGGAAAUACAAAUUUCAAGAAAUCUGUCACGGUGAUGUAUAUGGUAGAGGCCGACAUGGAGAGAAGAGGAAGCUCUCGUGUUCGUUUUCAGAAUGAUAUCAACACUUACGCUGGCAACCUGACCAUGACAUCUUCCAAAACUGCGUGUGAAACUCUCAAGCUGUUUGUAGUCGAACCUGUGAGGGACAAACUGGAACCAGUGGUCUUUUUACUCAACUUCUCAAUACACGAACCAAUAACUAGAGCCAGACGAAACCCACAGAACCUGGACUUAUUCCCAAUUUUGAGCCCGGAGCAGAAAUCCAGCCAAAGAACUGAGAUUCACUUUCAAAAGGCGUGUGGCUUAGACAACAAAUGUACCAGUAACUUGCAACUGACAGCAAAGUUUGUUGAAGAAAAUGAAGAAAAGCCUUAUCCCAGUCAGGGCAAAGUUCAAGUGCUCCAGUUCAACAGCUCCAUAAAGAAAAUAGGGCUUGCGGUAAAUGUUACCAACUAUCAAUCUGAAGGGAAGCUAGCUGAAGACGCCCACAGAGUCGUGCUCAAUGUCACUAUCCCUGAUGUGCUGAAAUAUGCCAGUGUCAGUUCUUUGAAUAACAAAGUUGAGUGCACUCUUCUUGAUACAGUCAUUUGUGAGGUGGGGAACCCAAUUAGCGAAAACGAAAAGGUGUCUUUCCUGCUCAAAUUUGAGACAUCAGGAAUCACCCUACACACACGACAGAUUGAGUGUCAGCUGCUGCUGUCAACUCUUAGUGAGCAGAGUGACCUAAUGCCUGUUCCUAUGGCCUUGCUGAUUGAAAACACCAUUGAGCCCGUCUUCAGCUUCGUAUCCAGUGCAAAGUCACAGGUGGAAACUGUAAAGUUUGGUGGGACAGUGAUGGGCGAGUCAGCCAUGGUCAACACGAGUAACGUGGGCAGUCUGGUGGAGUUCACCUUUUCUUUGAACACAAUGGGACAAUCGCUGCAAGACAUAGCAACCCUGGCUGUGGAGUUUGAGUGGCCCUAUGAGGUAGCAAACGGCAAGUGGCUGCUGUACCUGACGAAGAUUGUUGUUCAGGGGGAUUCUGAAACGGAGUGUAAACCUCCUGGAAAUGUGGUCAACAUGCUUAACCUAACUUUGUCAGAGAGCAGACCUAAGCGUACUAAGCGACAGGUUAGAGUGGAAGGUGUGAAUGACGUGACCCAUUCAAAUAUUGAGCCACAGGCAGCAGCCACACUGUCUUCUACUCGCAAAAAGAAGUACCUGUUGGAAUGCUCCAAGGCGACAGCAAAGUGUGUGACGUUUACCUGCCCGCUGCUCAGUGUUUCAGAUUCAGCCACAAUUUAUGUCCAAUCCCGGUUGUGGAAUAGUACAAUGUUAGAGGACUAUUCCGAUGCAGUUGUAGUUGAAGUUAAAGGCCAAGCCACACUGAAGCUUAUUAAUAAUCAAUCAAACAUCAAGAUGGAGAGUCAGAAGACAUGGUUCACAGUACAAAUAGAACCAGAGGAAAGGGUGGAGACGCCCUAUGAGCUUCCCCUGUGGAUCAUCAUCUCUGCAGCUGUAGCAGGAAUUGUACUACUAGGAAUCAUCAUUCUUAUACUAUGGAAGUGUGGCUUCUUCCAGAGAGCCAGCAGGAGGGAGAUGUAUGAGGCCAAGGCCCAGAAGGCUGAGAUGAAGAUCCAGCCCUCUGAGACAGAGAGGCUAACUGAGGACUACUGAGGCCCCGUGUCUCCCAACAGCAUACACCAUUGGGGCUUUUGGGCUAACGCUGCACUGUUGAUCUCUGUAUGGCUAACUUUUUUUCACUACUUCUUUUCCAUCUUGGGGAGGAUUCACAUAUACGUAUAUACACUGCCUGGCUUUCCUUGUGCUGCUUUUGCUGAAUAUUUGAGAAAAAUUAACCAAUUAAAUAAUAUUAUUAAGAGAGAUGGAAGUUGCUUGCACAGCUUGUUGUUUGGCAUGUAACUGGUGACAUUUAUGCUUGCUAUAAGUAAUCACCAUGUAGCAUACGAACAAAGAGAGUAACAGCUUGUUUAAAUGCUCAUUCAAGCUCUGUUAGCUCACCUUGGGACUGAUUGGUUGAUUCCACAUUGAUGAUUGCACCAGCAACUCUUAGUGCAUUCCAGAUUAAGUUGGAAGACGGAAUUUCAGAGUUCCCAGUUGGCGGCAGUGAAGAAAAACAGCAGCAAAAAUGUAAAACAUUUGAUCUCUGCUGCCACCGUUGUGUAUGUAUGACUGGUUAAAUAAAUGAAUGAAUGGCUCUAUCUUGCUAAGAGGCAAAACAAAUCCAUUUUUUACGUGUUUUUUCCAACUUUACAACGGGAAUGCAGUCACCUUGGAAGCGACGUCAGUCCCAAGUUUCGACAUCUGACUUCCAAGGUAUCCGUAUAACAGCAUAUACCUUAAAGGAACACACAAAUGUGAAUCCUCCCUUAAUCAGCAGGGUAGUGCGCAUUUCUGUCUCUGUCAGCGUGAAUCUCCCCAGCUUCUAAAUCCUAAAUCUUCUUCCUAAGCCAUUAAAAAACUCAGCUCUCAAACUUUUUAAUGUCACCUUCUUCCUUUCUUUUUUCUUCCUGCUAGCUUGGCUUCUUCAAGCGAGCCAUCUACUACAGAAUAAUGCCAAAGCACCAGGGAGUGAAAAUUCGCCGGGCUGAGCGCUAUCAGUUCAAUCUGGGGUUUCAGCCCGAGGAGCCACAGAAAAAGUAUUGGAUCACAAGUUGGACAGAGAUGCAGCAUUACUACUACUGAGGCCUUUGUUUUAAACCCUGAACUGCUCAGUGUCACAAUAGACUUGACAAGAGGCCAAAAAACCCUGGGUUAGACUGAGCCACGUGGACCAACAUGGACCAACUGUGGAUAGUGCAUUCAUUUUUUUAAUGGUUUUAUUUUUUAUAGACUCUUUUUUGUGCAAUACACUGAACAUUUUGUUCCAGAGAUUGUAACUUGUUAAGCGCUUGUGAAUGCACAUGUACAUUGUACAUUAGAAGCUGUGUCGCAUACAAAUGUAACUGGUUUUGAUUGUGUUGUAUGAGCUAAUGUACUGAAAUUUUUUUCUGUAUGUGUAUUUUUUAUAUCUUUUUUUUUUCUAAAAUUUCUGAGAAAUGUUGCUGGUCAUUUGUUGUGCUGUUUCACACCGUGCCUAUUUCCAUAUCUAAUCUGAGUGUAUAUAUCUAAUCUGUGAUUGUAAAUGUCCUUUCUGCUUCUAUCACUUUGUGGUCAGGAGUCAGUGACUCUGUUAGGGAUUUAAAUCAAGAUAAGUUGAUUUGUAGAUCAUUUUCAACCCCUGCACUUAGAACAUAAUGACCAGCAGCCGCUCUCUUAUGAGUGAACGUUCACGUCAAAUGUACCCUGACUUUCCGUUGGAAUGGUUUUGGCACUAGCCUCAAAUGCAGAACGUGACAUUAUAUAUUGUUCAGGUUAUGUACUUGCAUUGUUUGCCUGUUUUCAGGGAAACAGGAUUUGUACUUAUAGGUGAGUAAUACUUGGAAUAUGUUAAAUAGCCCCAGCGGAUACACUGUAAUUUCCUGCAUUGAAUUCCACAGCAGUGAACGCCAAAAGCAGGUUUGUAACAAGUUGAAAAGCAAUAGCUUCGUGUCCGCGUGUCGAUUUAGUCAGGGAGUAAACUUGACUAUUAUUUAUUUCAUCAUCUUAGGCGAGUACAUUAACAUACAUAUCUAAAGAAUGUCAUACAGGGAGUCACAACACUGGAUUAGUUUAGUGGCAUGAUGUCUAUGUGGAGACUUUACGAUCCAGCAUAGAUAGGUACGUAUAAAUUGUAUAUAGUAACAAGUUGCGUUAAAUUGACUGUUUUAAUGAAUUUGUUCUCCCACUGUUGCUCAUUGUAUUUUUAAAAGACAGAAAGCCUUCUCUUGGAUUGUUUCUAGGCCUCUGUGGCCCCCGUUAAGGUAAACCUGCAAGACCAAUGAUAGACUGUGCUGAUAAAAGCCUGUUAUUAAACAGUCUCUGAUGGGACUAAGUGUUGCUUUACUGCUCCAGUCUGUGUUACCCGAGCGCCUGCAGGUACUGUAUUCUGAUGUGCAACUGUAGCCACUAAAGAGGUUGUAUUGACUCUGUGAGUAAAGAGGGAAGGGCUGAAAACGAUGCACAGGCUUUUUUUUUUUCAUCCUGUGGUGUUGGCUUUUUUAUGUUACUGUGCAUUUUUUUUAUUGUAAUGAAAUUGUUUUUAAUAACUUUUGUAAUUCAUUCAUGUCACGUCUCCAAACAGAGGCAGAAUAAAUAUUUAAUGUCUUUAUUGUA